AUGGCUGUUGUAGAAGACGAAGUUAUAAAUGAUUCCGAAGAGGAAAAUGAAAUAGAAGUUGUAGUGGAAGAGGACGACCCUGAACAGGAUUCCGAUGAUUCUGAUGAUGAUGACGAUGAUGAUGAUCUCGAGGUACUAGAGAAGAAAGUGGCCGAGUUGGAGCAGAGGGUUACUGAAGAUCCCUACAACUACGACCAGCAUAUUGAAUUGAUUCAAGCAUUAUGGGGCUUAUCGGAAUUGGAACGUUGGCGCGCUGCUUUCGAUCGUCUGAAGCAGAUUUCAGCACUGCGGGCAGAGCACUGGCUGAUGCGCCUACAGGCAGAGGAAACAUUGGCUCAUACUGAUGCAUCACGUGAACAGAUGGUUGAACUAUUCAAACAGGCGACACUGGACUGCUACUCCAUACCCAUUUUGAGCGAGUGGUGCUCCUGGUUAAUAGGCGCAAGUGAUGCGAAGUUUGCCCGGAAGAACUUUGAAGAAGUUUUACAUCGAGCUGGUCCUGAUCCUCUUUCAGGCAAGAUAUUUUGGAACGCCAAGCUCGAACUUGAAAAGACUGAAUUGGAAUCUAUGAGGGAGACUAUUGGAGAGACUGAGAGAGAAAAGAAUGCCGAUUAUAGUGCUCAGAAGAAGCGAGUUCUGUGGUGUUUUGUGGAGAUGCUCUCUAGGCCUUUAUUAAGAGGAGACGAGGCGCUUGUUCAAUUAGAAGAAUUUGCGCUGACUUUUCUUGACAGUGAUGGGGACCAAUACCUUGAUAAUAUAAAAGUUAAACAUUAUGCUGCAAUGGACUAUUUGCAAAAAAUAACACCAUUUGAGGACAAAUUACUGACAAUAGAAAAUCCCGAAGAGAAGUGUACGGUGUACCAGGAAUAUAUAGACACAGUCAAAGUGUUGUCUCAGGAGGAGAAGUACUCCGAAUGUGACAGUGCUGGAAUACUCAGAGUGCUAUACGAUCGCGCGACGUACGAGUGCCUGAACAGUUCCGGCGCGUACGCGUUGUUGGUGUCGUACGCGCGCGAUUCGCGCCGCUCGCGCACGCUGGACGUGUGCGUGCGGCGCUGCCCCAGGAAGGCCACUUUCUGGACACUCAAAAUGCAGCAUGCCGAGCACGAGGAGAAGAGCUUCGACGAGGUUAAAACAAUAUUCGAGGAUGCGCUGUCCAAAGGCAUGGAGACUUACAAACAAGCGGAAGCUUUGUGGCUCAGCUACCUGGAGUAUACCCGGCGUUGCACUGCUUUCGAUAACGACUCCGAAGUUGAGAGGCUACGGCGUACCUUCCGUUUAGCGUGGGACUCACUGGCUGAGGCGUGGGGCGACGAAGCUAAUGAUUGUGAAGUGCCGUUGUACUGGGCGCGCUUGGAGUACAAACUUAUGAACGCGCCCAAACAAGGCAAAGAGAUAUUCGAGGAGCUAUUCAAAUAUGGCGAAAACAAAACAAUGUCAAAGUAUUGGGAGGCACUAAUUGCAUUAGAAAGUAAUCGCUCACCCAAACUAUCAGAAAACAAGUUACGCGAAUUAAUGCGUAGAGCGCUACGGUCUGUUCAGGACUAUCCUCCGUCUAUUGCCAGGCUGUGGACUGACUAUGAGAGGGACCAUGGUCAUUUGCAUACACUGAGAGAGUGUUUGGACGCUUGUGAGGCGAAAAUCAAAGAGUGGCGGGACAGCUAUCAAGCAAUGAAAGACAAAAUGAUUGGUAAAAAACAAAAAGGAAAACAGCCGGAGAACAAGAAAGUAAAGGUAGAGAAAAAGAAGGCUAUGAAAGAAGAAGCUAAAGAUAAGAAGGGUAAAAGAAAAUCAGACGGAAAAGAUGAUGAUAGUUAUGUGAAGAGGAAGAAAGAUAUGCAAAUGGAUGUUGACAAGGACAGUGGUGGAGGAGUGAAGAGGUUGCAUGAAGAUGAUGAUGAUGAGGAUGGAGACAUAACAAAACGUCAGAGGACUGAAAAUUCAACAAGUCCACAUCGUCUUGGCACAAGAGACGCUUGCACAUUGUUUGUUAGCAACUUGGAAUUUAAAGUCGAUGAGCAGAAACUAAGAGAUAUAUUAUCACAGUAUGGCGACAUUAUCUCACUGCGCGUCAGAAAAGGCAUCAAAGCUUUCGGUGGCUCCAUCUGCUACUGCCAGUAUAAAACAACAGCAACUGUAGAAGAGGCUUUGAAACACGACCGUAGUCCCCUCGACGGUCGCCCUAUGUUCUUCUCUCAAUAUUCGGCAAAAAAGGGCAAGCCUACAUUCAAAUAUUCUACAGAAGCUGAGAAAAAUAAAUUGUUUGUAAAGAACCUGCCCUUCUCAAAAUGUAACAAAGAAGCACUUGGAGAAAUAUUCGAUAAGUAUGGCAAAGUGAAGGAUAUAAGGGUGGUCACACACAAAGACGGCAAAGCGAAAGGCUUAGCGUAUAUAGAAUACGAGGACGAGUCGUCGGCGGCGCGAGCCGUGGAGCAGGCGCACGGGCUAGUGCUGUGCGACAGGAAGCUCGACGUGGCGCUGAGCGCGCCGCCCCCGCGCGCCGCGCCCCUCGCACCGCCCCUCGCACCGCCCGCGCUCGGCGCGCCCAAGAGGGACGCGGGGGGAGGCAUGCGACGAACACAACUAAGCAGUUUCAUCCCAAGCGUUCUACAGAGGCCGUCGACGAGCGGUGUAACAAUAAACACAUUUACGUCACCAGCCAACGAUAGCCAAACAACCAAUGGCAGUCUCAGCAAUAGCAAUAGCGAUGAGAAGCGACCACUAAGCAACAGCGAUUUCCGCUCACUGCUGCUCAACAAGAAAUAA